CCUUACAUCUAUUAAUCGAUUUCAACCUCUCUGAGUUACAUUGGAGCGAUGUUGAAAAUGAAUAUUGAUUUCAAAUUUUUAGCGCAAGGCCAGCAAUUUCGGAGGAGGGGAUUAAAUCGAUUUCACUAAUCUCAGUGCUUGACUGGUAUUGAUUCUAUUGACUCCGAAAAAAUGAAAAGCGAAGUCGACCUCGGUGGAAUUUGAAUUUGGAAUGUGAAGGCGGAUGAAAUGCCGCUAAGCAUUAUGCUUAGAGUAAGAGUUAUGCUGAAUUUUCCUAAAGAAGAUUCUUCUAGUUUUAAACCAAAACAAUUGCCUAGAAGUGCUAUAAAACUGUCAAAUUUGCGACAUUAACCUGGCGUCACUACAAACCCAUAAUUUUUCAGAAACGCCAGUCAAAUGAAAAACAAAUAAUUAAAAAAUUUAGCACUUAAUGAAAGAAGCUAACUGUAAAUAAAUAUGCAGUGAGGUGAAACAAUAUUAUUGGAAGAUUAAUAUUUCAGUAUUUUCGAGCGCAAGCUUAGCUGUAUAGUUAAGUAAUUUGCUGUGCAACAGAUUGGAUCUGGUAUCGAUCGUACGAUGUGAAAACUUCAGUGUCCUGCAGCAUAGCUUCCGCAGUUAAAUUUGCUAGGCAGAAGCAGUGCGUGGGACCAUUAUAACGUAUGUGUGUGUUUAUGAAUUCAGGUAUAAAUCGGGACAUCAAACGAAGGUUACUAAUAGUUCUGUAAAAUUUGGUAGACGAAGACUAUCAAGAAGUUCAUCACUUGUAUACAUAUGCAUACUCAUAUGUAUGUGCGUAUAUGCAAAGGAAUAGGGAUAGUAAAAACCAGGUGAUACUUUUUUGAGGACUUUGUAGCAACACAGCUUAGCCUACUAGAUCGAUGAUUGGUAAUCGUUAUAUAACCAGUGAGCCAUACGAUUAGACUUGUGCCUAUUCGAUUAGAAAAUCCAAAGUUCACUUUUGUACAUCUCAGAGUAUAGUAUAAAGCGUAAAGAAGAGUGGAGAAUUAUAUAUAUAUUUUAAUACAUAAUUUAUAAUCCAUAAUUUGCUUCCGCACAUUUCAGAUGAGCAAGUGUGUCGUAAUAUGUUGAUGUGUUAAUUCUGCACAUCAAUCGGUUCGUAUUUAAUCGACUAUAGUAUUGUAUAGAUCAAGAAAAUCAACAAGCACAUAAGACCGAAUUUAAACCAUGGGUGGGGAUGAACAAGGCACUUCAACUUCGGUGGGCCCCUCAUACACAAGAAUUAAAAUCUCGGAAAAUUACCAAAUUUAAAUCUCAAAACCUAUCUCAUGUAAUUGAAUGUGAAUAGUUAGCAGAGAAAGUUUAAAUAAAAGACUAAAAAUGUCGAUUUAUAGAUACACCUUUCAAAAUUCAAAUUUCCUUUUUUACACAUCCACUUGCAGUGUUUGGAUUUUCUCUUCGUUGUUAAAAAUACAAUGGAGGGAAGAGGAGGAUAUAGAUGUGUGUGUACAUUUAAACAGAAAGCGGAAGAGAGCUAUAUAUAUAUAGUUAUACAAACAUUCAAAUGUAAGCAAACAUCUUAAGAACAGAGACCAAUUUAUAGCCACUAUGGAUACAAAAGAAGUAAAUGCGUUGGCAUGUCAAGCCCUAGUGAAAGACAGUGAACCUAGUUUUGAGAUGAAUAACCAAAUUUCAGAGAAAAUUGACUGCCCUUGGAAUCACCUCCUCUCCAAUAACAUAAUGAGUAAUGAUAUAUCAGAACAGAAAGAGCUCCCUGUUGUCAGGAACAAAACUAACAGCGUUCAGAUGAAGAAUAUAAAUAGAUUACGCCGCAAGUCUCUACAGUACAAUAUUGAAGAUAAUCCACCAUUACAUCUUACGUUUUUGUUUGGAAUACAGAUUACCCCUAUACCAAGGACCUAG